AUGGCCUCAUCGUAUCCUGCAGGCGGGGCGGCCAGCACAUGUGCUGUUAUCCCCAUCAACUAUCUACGUCUUAAGCGGCAUCGCCGAACGAUCUUCUUGUACUGCGACUUUCAGCAGGACACUGUGCAGGCCAUCAAGGAGCGCAUCGAGAAGCUGACGAGUCGCACCUUCUACACCAUGUGUCUCUACUACGGCAACCAGCGCCUAACUGACGACGUGACGCUCUUAAGCACUGGCAUCUCCGAAGAUGGCACGGAGCUGUGGAUUGGCUACUCAAAGGGCAAGACCGUCGAGGGCGAAACCAUCUGGGAAGACGUCGCGGAGGCAAAGGUGCCUGCUGCCGCUGCCGUGUCGGAGGUGGCGCUUGACAACACGGGCGAGUCGCACGCAGGCGGUGCCUUUGACUCUGAGGUACAGGGUGCGACACAGCGCUCCGUCACCAUCUCGGAUGCCGUGAAAGUGACCAUGUAG